GCAAUCAUGUGUUGUGUGGAAUAAUGUCAAUGUAUAUCAUGCAGUGAUGAUGUGCUUAAAAUUCAUAUUGAUGCCAAAACAUCAAUAUUAUACAGUAUAAUGGAGCACAAUCACAUACACAUGCUUAUACUAAACCAUAUUCAUGAAGUCCUCCAACUGGUCACAAGAAGUGAGGCUUAUAAACUGCCCUUGUUUUAUUUCACAUGUCUGGCUUCACCCUUAGUGCUGUGGUCCACCAAGCAUUCCUUGCAGUACUGUUCAUAUUGGUUGAGGUCCAAUUUGAACAAAAAAUGUUUCAAGGUUACUGCAGGUCAUGCCUUUUGGCAGAGAUGACUGAAUGUGCUGAGUGCUGCUGGGAAAUGUUCAGCUCUGUCAGAUGAAAAAAAAAAAAGAAGCACAGGCUGUACUUCCACUGUCUUUGUAAUUUUUUUAUUCGGUGUUCCGGGAAUUAUACACAUGGACUUGGAAGAAAGGGUUGCAAAUAACGGUACACAGAAGAAACGAAAGCAUUUAAAAAGCAGGAAAGAGAAAGACACACCUAUAAACAAGGAAGGAAAUAUAAGGAGAGACAGAGAGAGAGAGCACUGCUAAACCAGUGGAGCGCUGCUCAUGCCUGUUUAAUGACCCCAGGCGUUUACUGGAAAAGUUAGUCUACUCAUGUGUUUGUGCAACAGCUGUGUGGGAAAAACAUGCGCUCUGAAGGAAAGGGUUUGGCUAAAAAAAACUGCAUGUGGAAGAAACAGAAACAUUUAGGAGCGGGACAGAAAACCAGAGAGAGGCAGAAGAUUAUUAACACAGAGGUGCUUUAAACAUGGCCAGCUCCAUCCCCAAUAUACAGUUUCCUAAUAUAGGAAGUGGCUACACCAUCCUCAGUGAAGUUAUUCCCUCAUCAACAACCCUGAGAACGUCUGAACACAAUUCCUCUCAAACGCAAGGGUCACUGCAGAAAUUUCUGAAAGGGGAACCCAAAGCACUGGGAACUGUCCAAAUAAUGAUUGGUGUGACGACCAUAUUGUUUGGUAUUGUGAUUUCUGUCUAUCCUUGGACCAUCAGUGUGUACUGUGGAGUCGUGUUCUGGAGCUCGCUGCUUCACAUCACUGCUGGUUCUCUGGCUGUUUCAGCAAGCAACAAAUUUAAUGCUUGUGUGGUGAAGGCCACUCUGGUGAUCAAUAUCCUUAGCACAAUAGCUGCAGGAAUCGCCAUCAUCAUGCUUGGCAUGGAUUUGGGGAUCGGACCUUUGCCUGCCCCCUGCCUUAACGAAGGCGAUGACUAUUCUCAAUGCAGACCUAGCUUUUUCGCUGAGAGCCGUACCAAUGGAAUCACGGGCAUUCUCCUGGUUUACGCUUUGCUCCAGUUUGCUGUUUCUAUUGCAGUUUCAGCCUUCAGCUGUAAAGCUGUUUCCACUAAUAACAUUACUUUGAACAUCAUCAGUGUGAUUCCCAACGCUGAGAAUGCUGAUCCUGUGGUCUGUUCCUUCCCAGCAUAUCAAACACAACAGGAGGUCAGUACAAUGAAAGCUUUGGGGAUAAUCAGUCCACCGGUGGGAAGUCCUCCAGCGUACUGAGGGAAAAACUAAUCAGUCCACUGAGGAUAAUUCUAAACUGAAUAUCAUACUGUUUCCAUAUCGUGUUCUGUACCAAUCACACUUCACAGUUCUUGCUGUAACAAAUAACUACACAGUCAACAUUUCAGUAAAUACAUACCUGUACACUGUGAACACAUACACGCAUGCAGCAUAUCAAAGGUAAAAUGAUAUUUAAUGGUCGCUGCUCUUUUGUGAGAAAAAUGAAGAUAAAAUGUUUCUGAAAUGAAGAUUUUUACAAUAUUAAGUAUUAUUCUACAGAAAUUAAUCAAUUAAUAAAAUGAAAAUAAAUAAAUGAAUAAAUAAA